CGCACGGAGCCGCUUUCCCUAGGCACUUGAUAUUGACAACUUCCCCCACAGAAAUCAUGCCUACUCGACUUUCAAGACUCUUUUCGUCCGCCGAUAAGGAGAAAGCGGAGCUUGUGGAAGCAGAACGCAAUCCAUCGUCCUCACCAUCUACAGGAGAUGCUCCCCCAAGCUACCAAGGGCAGGACCACUACGACCGCGAAGACAGCAUACCGCCACCAGACAUUACCGCCGGCUUCAGCAAUCUGAGCGUCUCGCCCAGUGGCGAUGGCUUUCCCACCAAGACGGAGUGCAUUGCCCAUCUGAAAGUUCUGGAGUGCUUCUAUCGCUUGAAGCAGUCAAUCGCUGCCCAUGAUGGUCUAUUUGGCAUCGACAACGCACUCGUGACUGGCGCUCCGGUCCCACAGAACGACAAGACUCCUGAACUUCUGGCCAAGCUCGGCGAGAAACGAUGGGCCAUCUACGUUCAGCAAGCUGUGGAUCGCUUUGAGGCGUGGUGGAAAGCCAUACGACCACAUAGCCGCAUGGCAGAUCGAUCGCAGCUUGUAUUCGAGGCAAAACAGGGGACCCUUUGCGACCCUGGCGAUGAUAACAAAGGUCCUCUCUUUGACGACUCUACUCUCCCGCCAGCAGAUGUACUCAUGGUGUGGCAUGCAUACAUGCUGAAUCCGCGAUGCUACCUUGAGGAUUGCAUACGACAGGGCAAGCUGGACGUCUGGCGUGCGUCGUUUCCAUGGGAGAUUGUGGCACAAUCUAUCAACUCCGAGACCUUCGUAUGCGAGGCCACACCAGCUGCCAAAACGCACUUCAGCAAACUCACCGGCUUGCAGUGGGAAGGUAUGACUGAUAUUAAGGCGAGACCAACUUUGUGCCCGGCUUGUUCGACUGUGAACCACGUGCCAUGGACCACGCAAAUCGUAAGCCUUGGAUACCCAAACACUCCAACGAGACUAGAAGCCAAGCUCGAUGAGAUUCUUUCCAGUGGGCAGGGCUUUUGCGACAAGGACCUGCGACACAGGUGUACUGGGUGCCCUACGUAUAUCACUCACGAUCGGCUCCGACUCACAAAGUUCGCCAACGACGUCGAGCGUGCCCAAGUAAACAACAUCCCGAUGAGUGGCACAAUCCUUGGGCUGCAAGGGAUUCCAUGGGAGGCUCACGGCCGGACUGAUUCAACGACUGAUGCUAUCAGCUCUUUUCCAAAUCAAAUGAUCAGGAUUACGACUCGUUCAGGCCAAUAUAGCCGAAAUGGACCAAAUCGACCCUUCAAUGCCUGGGAUAUCAGAUGCUUCGACACCUUUGGCGAGGUUCGUUGGCUGGUUGAAACCACGCUCAAGAACAAGAAACAUAUGCGCGCAGCACGAGGAAACCGAGCGCACAGGUUAGAGAGGACCGAACGCAUUGCAAUCCGCAAAAUGAUGAGCCGGUACUGGGACAACAGCUCGCCCUUUGCUCUAGAUUUGGUGGGAGCCGUGGUCAGACAGGGCAGCUUUAUUGAGAAAAUGCACAACAUUGACUGGCUACAUUCACCUGCUCUGCCCAGCACGAUGGAACGACUCGUAAGGAAGUAUGAGAAUUUCAUGACUAUCAUGGCACAGAAUCCCACUCGUAUGGCGGUGCCGACGUUGGACGUAGAUUUAGCCUGGCAUACACAUCAGCUUCGGCCAUCUUACUACAUGCAGUACACUGUCAAGCGUUGCAAGCAAUUUAUCGACCACGACGACAAGGUCGCAGAGACCAAGCUCAACGACUCGUUCGCCUGGACAAGCAAAGCCUACCAGAGGCUCACGGGCCAACCCUACUCGGAAUGUACGUGCUGGUACUGUGAAGCCGUCCGGGAAUCUCACACCAGUGCCGCCUCUCGCAUCUUCAACACGACAUCCGCGCAAGCUUCUUCCGCUGUUUUGCACGUCAGCGAACAAGACCCAGCCAAGAGUGUGCACAUCUCGUCACAUAAUGCUGUGCGACCCAUCGAUGUCAAGUACGAUCUCGAAUCGAAAAGGCACGCCCUGGAGCUCGACAAUCAUUAUCUGAAAGCCUGCGAGCGAGCGAAGAAAAAGGGCAGACCUGCACCGAAGAGAAAUGACUACUACUACAGUGAUGCGUACGGAUAUCCCGUGUACAUUCCCGCAUACAGUCCGUAUGGGGGCUUUGUCCCUUAUGCUCCCAUGUACUACCCCGUCACGCCGGGAUGUAUGGCUGUGAGUGAGGGCGCUGUGGGGAACUGCUGCAGUGGGACUUGCGGCGGAUCUGUUGCUGCUGGAUCCUGUGCUGGAGCUGGGUCGGGAGGCUGCGCGGGAGGCAGUGGUGGUGGCUAUUCAGGUUGCGGUGGCGGAGGGGGUGGAGGCGGCGGAGGAGGAGGAGGCUGUGGCGGUGGCGGAGGGGGAGGAGGUUGUUGAGGUAGAAAGAAAUUGCUAUCCUAUGUACAAGCCUUUUGUAACUUAUGUACUUUCUUGACUCCUUUGAUGAUACUUGAAGAACUCGU